GUUACAAUUCAAUCAAACAUUGGUCUUUCCCCCUAAAAUCCUAAAAACCCUCUCCUUUUUACAAUGCAGUUCAUUCAAAGUACUGACAAAUCACUUUUUCUGCACAAUCAUCAUCAAAACAGAGUACCGCUGACCCACCGGAUUAUGAUGGAGUCACCGGAAUCUUGCGUCAUUCUGACAAAUCCAAUCAAUAAGAGCAUCGCAUUAAUUCCCGACGAUGACUAUAUCAUCACAGAUAUGGCGGCAUCCAUAAGGGCAGUUGAGGAGAUUUUAGACUACAAUUUUAAGAAUAAGAAACUUCUCGAACAAGCUCUUACGCACUCUUCCUGCACCGAUUCUCCGUCGUAUCAACGCCUUGAGUUCGUCGGCGAUGCUGCUCUUGGCUUAGCUAUAUCGAAUUUUGUUUAUUUGACUUACCCUGAACUUGACCCUGGGCAACUCUCUCUCCUCCGCUCUGCUAAUGUUAGCACUGAAAAGCUUGCGAGAGUCGCCGUUAAGCACUCUCUUUAUAAAUUUGUUCGCCACAACACUACUACCCUCGAUGAAAAGGUGAAGGAAUUCGUGAUAGCAGUAGAACAGGAGGAGGAGGCGGAGGUACACGGAGGAGUAAUGAAGGCCCCGAAGGUACUGGCUGAUAUUGUGGAGUCAGUGGUGGCAGCUGUAUAUGUGGAUAUGCACUUUGAUCUGAAGCUUCUCUGGAAGAAAAUUAAUCGCCUCCUCGAGCCGAUUAUCACACUGGACUUGCUUGCACAACAACCACAGCCUGUAACUAUGCUGUAUGAGCUUUGCCAGAAGGACGGGAAACAUGUUGAUAUAAAGCAUUGGAGAAAAGAAGAGAAAGACAUAGCUAGUGUUUAUGUUGAUGGUCAAUUUGUUGUUUCCGCUACUUCUGAGAACAAGGAAAAUGCUAAACUUCACGCUGCAAAGUCUGCAAUCACAAAGUUGGCCUGUAAUCAUACUAGUAAGCUGGAUCUUGAAGUCGAACCAAACACUGAGUUUGGAGGAGCAAAGCAGAAGCUGAAUGAGCUAUGUGGAAGAAAGAAAUGGCCCGCUCCAACUUACAGAAUUGAGAAACAGGUAGGCCCUUCUCAUGAUAGGAGGUUUAUUUGUUCAGUGCAAGUUGCAGUAGCUAAAGGCGUGGUUUUUGUGAUGGGAGAUGAGAAGACGCGUGUAAAAGAUGCAGAGAAUUCUGCUGCAUCAGCCAUGAUUUGGGGUCUGCAAGGUUCCAAUCUCAGUUAGACGCAUAUUAUGGAUUGUACUUAUUUAAUAAUUGCGUAUUUGAGCUAGGGAAUGGUGUAUAAUAUGUCUUGUUAGUGGUUUGUAUGAUUUGAAAUUCAUGACAGUGAUGAAAUAUUAUUGUAGUUCUCAUCAUAUCAGGAAAGACAGAUUGUCAUAGCUGUAGUGAUAAAUUGAUGCAUAAGGGAUGACACCUUUAAAUUAUGUAAAAGAUGUUUGGAUGGAUCAUUCAGUAUAAUUAUAUGAUAUUUUGGCCAAUAAUGUGAAGAAGAUUUAUAUA